AUGAUCGAAGACAGCCCCACCACCGCAGCAUCUGAUUAUGAGAUGACGGGAGCCACGUCGAGCGCAGGGAAUUCUACUGUAUUAACAAACCUACACGAGAACGACAGAAUGCAGCACGAUUUCAAACAGGAGUACAAGCAGGAGUAUAUGAUUUCAGGAUAUUCUUCCCCUGAUCUCAGGAACUCUACAAUGACCGACCAGACGGUGCCUGUAUCAACGAACUCUACGUCCACUUUCAACCCCGACCAUCGCGGGAUUGCGUCCGACAUGCGUGGAGUCGUCAGCGAUCUCAGUUGUUCGCCAUUUACACCUCCUGUGACUAGCACUUCUUCGCCGGCUGUUUUAACUCCAGGAAGUCUUUUUCCUACAGGAAGUGGACCUAACGGCAUACCGUCAGGGGCUUUAUCUCACACGGGUGCCAUGCAAACCUGCGGGAACAGUUCCGCUUCUGCCGCUGUUGCGACUGGGUACUCUGGGUAUAUAGGUGGUUCUUAUUACGCUGCCCAGGCGGCUUCAGGGCAGAACUAUUUGGGAACGUCAAUUGGAGUUCUUUACCCACACUUGUAUCAACAACAAGGACAGUUCUUAAUAGACAGACAAGAUCAGUACCCCAGACACGACUACCGUGAGAUCGCUGGAGGUGUCACCCCAAUGCUUGAUGACCAAGCCAUGCAAGCUCGGUACCUCGCAAGUAGGGCGGCCAACCAGAACUCUGCUGAUGUGGUCUGGAGGCCUUAUUGAUAAAUAUCUACCUAAUUAGUUGUGUAUUUAAACUAUUGUUUCACUCUGGACACCUUAGAUCUUUUCACUCUUGAUUUAAGUUGUUAUAUUUACAAACGCCGACUUCGAACUGUACUCACCGACAGAGCUGUGCCUAUGAUGUAUUUCUCGAUCUGUAUAGGCUGUUGAUCAAAAAGAAAAUUUUGCUGUAUUCAAAUGAUCGUUAAUUCCAUACAUUACUCUAGUUGGAACCCCUUUAGAUAGUAUCCCUGAGUUUUUAUCUGACAAACCUCAUCUGGAUCUCGGGCCACAUUGAACUGUUUAAAAAUUAAUUUCUUUUAUUUUACUUGCUCUACGGUCGAUUCUUUCGCGAACUGUGCGUCGUUAGUUGAAUGCUGUUCUAUGAAUGGGACUCAACGAUUUUUCUUUGUUGAACACGUGCUUUUGUAGAAUAAGACCAGGGUUCUGUAAAUAGCUUUGCUAGAGUCUUCAAUAUCGUUUCAACAAUUCAUAAGUGCAUACUUGAAAUUUUCAGUCUCAAUUUUCCCAAAACGACUGCCUAUGUUCAUUGAUUCCAGAUCAGCUUUCAAUAUAAUUAUUAGCAUAAUCAUUGGCCAUAAUAAUAAGGAAAAUCCGCGAAACUAAUAAGUCUGUUGCAAUAACACAGAACCUUCGAGCGUACGCAUUCAUAUACCCAACUAUUGAAGACUUACGGUCCAUCUAAAUGACCAAAUGCAUUUAGAAAAAAUAUUCACUUUGAAUUAUGGGAAACAAUUUUACCUGCUCGUGUAGUAUCACAAUUUCUGGCUGAUGGGGUUGCUCCGAUGAUAUCAAUUUGGGUGAUUUACAAAUUGAAUUUUCCAAUAAUUUGGGCGCUAUGACUGCCGCUUUGUUAUUUAUUUUAAAUUUACUGUGUUAUUGCAACAGGAAAUAUAUUCAGUUAGAGAUCAGCCUCAUGGCAUUGCAACAAAACUUCGAUUAUUUGCCACCAAAUUCUGCAGUCUGCUGUUUCAGACACAACCAAAAUUAACUAAUUUUGACCGUAGAAAAUUAGAAAAUUGCAAGGAAAGCCGCUCGAUAAUGGAAGUUUACAAUCCACAUCGAGCACGUUUUGUUAUGUUGAGGUCAGUUCAUUAUUAUUAAUUAUUAACGUUAAAUUUGCAAUGGCUUGCUAAUAUUCAUAAUCAAUUUUAAUCAACCACUGUGCUGGAAAAUAAAUCGAUAUUAUUCAUCAGGUUGGGAAGCUCUU